UCUUUAGCAGGGAAAUAGGGAAGUCAGACGAUCAUGUGAAUGUGACUUCUGUGGCAGAGUCAUGCAGAGAAAACUGGUGGUAAUUUGUUUCUUCUUCGGUGUUGUCGUGCAAGAAUUGAAAUCGCAGGCUUAUUACUCGUCGCCUAAACAGCUGCGACUUUCCCAUAAUUUAAAGGAGGAAAGGCGUGAUGAGCCGCUGCGCAGCCAGAUAAUUAACUUCAGAUCUCAAAGGAGGCAUAAUGACAACACCGGAUUUGAGCCAGGGGACAACGCAGCGCCAUUCGAGAUUAAGACGUUGGAUGGCACAUUCAAUUAUCCCCUUCAGAAUAAUUGCUCCGUAAUUGUCCAUGCCUUCACCAAUAAGUCGGCUUUCUUGGAGUGUCUGUGGUCCACCGAUGCGUCGCUGACGGACUUGGUCGAGUACCUGCCCGAAAACACUCAUGUCCUUUUUCUCUCACUGGAUGACUCUGCUGCCAAGGAUGCGCUGUGGAUGAGGGAGCAGGUUUAUCACCUUGCUUCAGGCUCUCAGCGGGGGAAAGAGGUCAUCAGCAGACUGCACUUCUCGCCCAUCCCUGCGUUUGCACUGGGCACAUGGAUCCCAAAGAUCCUGUAUUCCUGGGGCUGCAGUGACCACAACUGUGGCCUGGCACAAGCUGUCUUCACCUCCACAGAAUGGGACGUGCCUUUGAUUGUGAAGAGCCUAAAUGCCAGGUAUGACUGGUUGAUGGGACACUGGGGUGACAAGAUGUACAGACUGCAGGAUGGAGGUGACGGCUGUAAACCCAUGGCCUCCGUCGCAGGUGCUGUUGCAUGGGUGGUUGAGGAAGGAUGUUCUUUUUUCACUAAGCUGAAAAACAUGGCGGACUCCAAAGCGAUGGGUGUCCUGGUCUACACCUCGGCUGGCCAGCCAAUCAAAGACAUGAACUGCAUUGGGGAGGAGUGCCAAACAGGGCUAGGAAUACCGGCGGCCAUGGUGCACUUUGAGAGCUCCGUUGACCACGCUCUGCGGUCCGGGAAGGAGGUGAAAGUGUCUUUCCAGACCACCCCCUCUCCAAGCUUCUUCUUUGGUAUUAACCACCAGGGGGUGCUGUCUGAGACGGGCUGGUUCCUCUACCCCACCUUCAGGUUCCUGAGCUGGCAGGCCCAGUGGUUUGAGUACCAGGAGGUGUUGCGAGGGCGUCUAGAGAGGCCGGCUACAGUGGUGCCUGUGUUCGACCACCUCCAGAUGCAGGGCGAGAAGGGAGCCCAGGCCACAGUGGACCUCCCCCCAGGGGUGAUGGACUACGAUGUGUUGGAGUUGGAUGCGUCGCUGUCUUGUCCCGGGCGCAGGGAUGAGUCAUGCGCCCACUGGGACCACACCGUGCAGCUGUGGGUGUGUUGCGAUCAAUUGAGUCCCUACUGCAACGCGGAGCUGGGCCGCUGGAUCACCGCAUUCCGCAGAGGUAUUGGUCGCUGGAUCACUGAUGUGUCUCCACUGCUGCCCCUGUUGAACGCUGGGAAAUGUGCCUUCACCAUGAAGACUGUGCCAUGGGCCAUGCCUUGGGUUGUGUCCUUAAACCUACGCUUCAGUCACAGCAAUCAGUCAGUUCAGUCUGACGGGGAUGACGUCCGGGAGCUUCAGCCAUACAAACUUACACCUCUGUUUGGAGGGGGGACAUUUGACAAGAACUACAACAGCAGAUUCCAGCCACUGAAGUUUACAGUUCCAGCCUCCGCCAAGAGGGUGGAGCUGUAUGCCGUCAUUACUGGCCAUGGUAGCGAUGAGAACGGCUGUGGAGAGUUCUGCGUCACCUCCCAUCACUUCCUGGUCAACGGCGUCUUCAAUAACACUCGCAGCUUCGAUACUGCAGGAAGUGCGUUGGGUUGUGCCCUCCGCGUGCCCGAGGGAGCGGUGCCCAAUGAGCAUGGCACAUGGCUGUACGGCCGAGGAGGCUGGUGCGAUGGGCUACAGGUCGAUCCCUGGAGGAUUGACAUCACUGAGCAGCUGGACCUGACUGGCAACAACAGUAUUGUCUACUUUGGCUUCUACAAGGGAAUGGACCCCAACCCUGCGAGAGACCCCGGCUACAUCGAGAUGUCCUCCUAUCUCGUCUUCUACAAGUGAUUUCCAUGUAAAUGUCUGUAAAUCAUGUGCUGCACUACUGUGAUUAAAAUCUCUAUUUUUCAAA